UGUUGAAAAUGGCUGGUGGCGUGGACGGCCCCAUCGGGAUCCCGUUCCCCGAUCACAGCAGCGACAUCCUGAGCAGCCUGAACGAACAGAGGAACAACGGGCUGCUGUGUGACGUGGUCAUCUUGGUGGAUGGUCAGGAGUUCCCCACCCACCGCUCUGUCCUGGCGGCCUGCAGCCAAUACUUCAAGAAGCUCUUCACCUCAGGGUUAGUGGUGGACCAGCAAAACGUAUACGAGAUAGACUUUGUGAGCGUGGACGCCCUGUCGGCGCUGCUCGAUUUCGCUUACACCGCGACCCUGACCGUCAGCACUUCGAACGUCAACGAGAUCCUCAACGCCGCCAAACUGCUGGAGAUCCAGGCGGUAACGGAGGUUUGCACGGAUCUCCUCGACAGGAAGAUUCUGGCCAAAAAUGACCAGAUGGAUUUAGUAGAUCAAAUUGAUCAAAGGAACCAUCUCAGAGCAAAAGAGUACCUGGAGUUCUUCCAGAGCAACCCCAUCAAUGGCCACCAAGGCAACUUUCCAUGGACCAACCAAGACUUGAGAGACCUUCAGAGACUGAACUUCCAAGGGCAAGAGGACGAGGAGGAGCCGGACUGCAACGGCAUGGACUUCUACUCACAAGCCCCCCCAAACGAAAGACCAAAGGUGAACGACAGUGACCCUGACAGCAACCAUGCCAUGUGGCUGAAAAGAGAGGAAGAGGAGGCCCCGGGAGCCUUAUUCCCACCUUCCCAGAAUGGACAUUACAGUGGACAUGGCCUGACGGCACAAGGAGAAGAGGAGGCAGCCCUGGACCAGCAGGAAGCCAGCAACUCUCCCAGCUUCGUUCCUGGGGGAGCGGAGGCUGAAGAGGCUGAGGCUAGAGAGGUGGACGGUCUGGCCGCCAGCGCCCUGCUGCAGCAGAUGAUCAGUUCCGUGGGAAGGCAGCAGCUGGGUGAGGACGACCAGAAGGACGACGACGGGGUGAUGGAUUAUUACUUGAAAUACUUCAGCAGCUCUCACGAGAGCGACGUGUAUCCGUCCUGGUCCCAGAAGGCGGAGAAGAAGAUCAGGGCGAAAGCAUUCCAGAAGUGCCCCAUCUGUGACAAGGUGAUCCAGGGGGCUGGCAAGCUGCCCCGUCACAUCCGCACCCACACGGGCGAGAAACCCUACGAGUGCAACAUCUGCAAAGUCCGAUUCACCAGGCAGGACAAGCUGAAAGUUCACAUGAGGAAGCACACAGGUGAAAAGCCUUACCUGUGCCAGCAAUGCGGGGCUGCUUUUGCUCACAACUACGACUUGAAGAACCACAUGCGUGUGCACACUGGCUUGCGGCCUUACCAGUGCGACAGCUGUUUCAAGACUUUCGUCCGAUCCGACCACUUGCACAGGCACCUUAAAAAAGAUGGGUGCAACGGCAUCCCAUCCAGAAGGGGGCGCAAGCCCCGGGUCAGAGAUGUGAGCGGCCUGCCCGCCCCCGCAGGGAACCCCGAAGACGGAAGCUUCGAAGCUGGUGGCGAGAGACAAGAAUCACAGGAGGACACCGAGCAGAAAAAUGGCCAGGAGCAGCACUUUGAAGAUAGUUCUAACAAUGAAGCGCCAGGAAGAUUGAAUGUAGCGGAGGGGUCGUCAGAGGGUAAAACACAAGGACUCUCCUAAA